GGAGAGGGCAGGAAGACAGAGAGCCUCCAACAUUUGGACUUUAUUUACACUUUACAGAAACAGCAUGGCGAGUUUGGAGAGAAAGCGCAAAGUGAAAUUCGACCCUAUGGAAUUAGAGGUGCUGGUAGAUGAGGCCAAUAAACACUUACAUGAGCUACAGCAAAAAAACCUGAGUGUCUCACAAAGGACCGCUAUAUGGGAAGAAAUCUGUGAAAACGUAAAUGCUGUUAGUAAAACGGUACGAACAGUGCAUGAAGUGAAAAGAAGACAUCAAGACAUCAGAAGAAGAACAAAAGAAAAAUUGGCGUAUAAUAAAACGUCAGUAGAUGAGAUACCUCUGACCAAGAUUGAGGAACAGGUGCAGUUAACGUUCUGCGAGGAGCAAGUCACUGGAAUUGCCGAGUAUGACACACUGGACCUAAAAGCAGAACAAGAAUCUUCAUCAGAAGUUCAGCCAUCCCCCUCAAAUUCCCCCAGAGCAGCCGCCACCCCUGCAGAGCCUCGAAAGGGCCCAGAGGACAUUGACCUGGAGAUGCUGCAGGAACAAAAGAAACAGUCUGCAGCCCUUCAGACAAUUGCACGGGAGAUGCGAGUGGCGUCAUCGUUGGCACGGGCGGCCAGGCGCGACACCCAGGCCAUUGCCACGCACUGCAGACAGGUGGUCAGCGCAGUAUCUGCCCUGACGAUGGCCGUCAAUUCUGUGGCAAGAGAGCUACGGGAAGGGGUUCAGGCAUUGACUGCCCUCAAUCCAGGUGGAGAAGUGGGCCGACCAAGUCCCACAGCGACAGCUAGGCAGCCUGGGACUGGAGAGGGUGGAGAGGUGCGCACGGCAGACAAGUUCCACCUGCGUAAAAGGAAACACAAAUAAUACACUCAACUGCCACGUUUAAGUUUUCUUAUACUGGCUGUGAAUAUUCAUUUUGUGUAAAACAGGCAGGGCCGGCUCAAGCCUCCGUGGGGCCCUAUAUCACUGCCAAUAAUAAUGAUUGUUGAUCAUUCACACACCUACUAUAAGUUAUUUCAUGUUCUACUCGUAAAACUAGAGAUGAGAACUUUCUGUUGUAGUUAGAUUGUAAUCCACAGUGAUUAAGGCCAUGGAAGCAGACAACAGAUUUGCAAACUGGCUGAAAAAUCUUUCAGUUAAUAUUUGGCAAAGUCAGCAAGUCCCCCUACUGGCCACCCAGAGAAUCAAUACAUACUGUAAAACCUCAAAGAGCAGCCUGGCAUGUUUUACCCAACUAUGGUUUUUAAUCUGAAAUGGUAGCAAAUUCAGCUACAAGAGCAGCCGGGGGUUGAUUUACACUUAAUAUUCAAAGUGAUAUAGUACUAAGUGGGACACCGAAUGUCAUCUAGGCCAACUAAAAGUAACAAAAUAAACCAAUCAUUUACUGUAAACACAAUCUGCUUUAUUAUUUUUUGUUUUAAAUAAACUGCAACACAGAGGGGACAGUGGGCACAGUGGAUGGAGCAAAGGAUGGAGAUGGACCUAAAAUGAAAAACAACAACAAAAGCUGGUCAUGUUAGAUGUCAUAUUACACUUGAAAAUUAUGCUGCUUAUUUUCUAAGUGAAAUAGUACAGCUAUAGCUUGUAAUAAGAAAACAAUCUGCCAGUGAAACAACUGAAAAUUGCUUGAGGAGUUUUGAAAUAAUAUGCAUUUGUAUAAAAACAUGUCCCUUUUCAUAUGAUUAUGUGUUAUAUUAAUAUCUUAAUGAGAUAAUUUGACUAGAAAUUAAGUAUAUAUGGUGACAGUUUUUCCCUCACCUGAUUCAUUUGCCUUGGCUGAGCCUGAGGAGGUGGACUGUCCCUGGGCUGAGUCAGUGCCUCCUCCAAAAUACUUAAACAGUGCUCCUGGGGAAGUUUCAUAUAACUUAUGAGCAUAACAGGGAGUUGUUUUAAAAGGAAUAUGUUUAUUUACUCACAUAAAUUACUAUGCUCUGCAGCAAACAACAUAUCUCAAACUAUAAGUUAACUGAGUUAAUUCAUUAAUGCAAAAACACAAUGCUAGCAAACGUCACUGCGUCUGUAAUUAAUGUUAGUUGUUAUUAAACAUUUGCUAUCAAACGUUAUCAAAAAUGUUUUGAUGCCAAAAAGCGACCCAGAGAAAAAAGAAAAAAAAAAAAUAUAUAUAUAUGAUUUGUAGUAUUACGCAAACACAAACACGUUAGCUUGAACAGUAAGCUAUCUAACCUACCAGUUAAAAAAGACAUUUCUCUGGCUUUGAACUAACGUUAGCUUGCUAAUUUGCUAUUGUAGGCUAACGUAGUUGGAACAAAAUAUCAACAAUAAUUAGGGACUUUCCUAAUUUGAGGAAACUUUUCAAAAUCUCCUUGACACCAAACGUUACAUUACCAAGACAUGCAAACAUACCUUUAUCUUGUCGUUUUUUCUCCUCUUCCUCUCUCUUCUUUCUUCUUUUUCUUUCUUCUGCCCCUGAAGGGUAUGUCCUUUGUUGCACGGCUGGAUGCACGCCUUACUAGCGGAGCUCUGACAUUUAGAGCAGAGAGACAGUAGGAAGCUACACUCUGUUAACAUAAUAUUGUCUUUUUGUACAAAAAUGUACAUUUGAUUGAUAUAUGAAUCAUCAUCACUCACACAUGGAAAAAAAUAAUUAUUUUUUUCUUUUUUGAAGUUAAUUGCUCUUGGGCCCCCUAUGGGUCACGGGGCCCUAAGCAGGUGCUUAGUUCGCUUAUGCCUUGGGCGGGCUCUGAAAAUAGGCUAUACGAUAAAGAACUGUUUAGUUUUGUUUUUUUGCCACGAUAAAUGUUAGAGCUAUAUCCUGAUAUAUUGUGUGACUGAAACAAUGUGUCUUUAAUAUGAUUUUGCAUAGCUUAACAUAAUUAGACGUUAAUGAGACUAUUUCGUUUGAUAAUGUUUAGAACCUAAAAAGUGAUUUCAGUCUUUUUUUUUUUUUUUUUUCCAAUAAAUGUUGAUUUGCUUAACUUUGCAAUGCUCUGCAGUUUAUUGGGUCACAAUAGCACUCGUAUUCUAAUCUACAGCAUAUAUUUGAUCAAGGUGUAUUUCUGCAUUACAUAUUAUUGAAUGAAAAUAGAAAAAUAAAUGCAUAUACCAAACA